AGAGUUCGACGAGUGAACUCACCCAUGGACACAGCCCACUGAGUUUCUCGCCGGAUCUUCUCAGUGGGUUGCGUUUCCGAUUCGGAUCCGUAGACUCUGCGAAGCACUGCUCUUGUUAGGAUCAUUGUAAGCAAAGUCCACAGUUUAGAGUCCCGUGAGCUCACCUACUCGUUCGGUACGCCUAGCAUGACCCCUCGAGGUCACUAGAAUAGGUUGGAAAAAAAAUUGAUGAGGCACUUAGGGGACUCCUAAUGGCAGCGGCACGCGGGGGACAAUGUGCGCACGCGCUUAUAAAAUAGUCGCGCGAUCAAUAAGCACCAUUCUUGGAUUCCCAGCAGCUGAGAAAACACGACUUAAACACAAAAAAAGUAUAUUUUAAAUUCAUAUAGCGUAUUCCAAUUUCAAUUUCAAGUUAAAAAUCGUUGAUAAGUUAUUGUGUUGUAAUUUAUUACUUUUCCCUCUACUAAACAUGAAGGAGUGCAAUAAUAUUGUUGGUAACAAUACUAAAGUGACAAUGGAGACGAACUCGUGUCUUCUCAAAGUAGUCGGAAACAACUGCGUGAUUUAUGUUCGUACUAAUUACGGCGACAUCGAGGUGGUUGGCAACAAUUGUCGGGUGGAGGUGACGAAUAACUACGGUUUCAUCAACCUUAUGGGUGGAAACGGCUUUGUGAACAUCAACAAACGUUGGAAGGGCGACAGCGUUCAGCUCCUCGGGACGAAUUGUAGGCUGAUCGUUGCGGGGAAGCUGAUGUCAGUCCCGUCCUACGAGGCCCAACUGUCGCCAUCCAGCACGGACCUGGACGACGUUAUUGAACCGAUUUUCCCAUUCGUGAUGCGGUGAAUAGCGACGACUCAAAUGGAUUUCGCUUUUGUGUGUUAAACAGUGAAAGAUACGUGGCACCUUCAAUGACUUUUGAUGUGGUUUCUGUGCUUAAGGUUGCGACUCGAGGUCAUGAUGUAGAUGGGUCUGUUUAAAUAAAGGCGCUUUUUUUUAAAAA